AUGAAGACUGUCAGGCUGCUGUUGCUCUCGCUGCUGGGCGCUGGACUUCUAGCCGCCUCGAUGGUGGAGGCCAUCGUGGCUGGCGUGGACUUUGGUGGCGAGUUCUUCAAAGUGGCACUCGUAAAGCCGGGCACACCCUUCGAGAUCGUCACCAACGUGCACAGUAAGCGCAAGACCGAAACGAUGGUGGCUUUUGACGGAGAUGAGCGUCUCUACGGCGCAGACGCAGCCACUGUGGGCGUACGCAGGCCGCAGACAGCGUACGCUCAGAUCCGCCGCCUCCUGGGCACGACUCUGAGCGACCCGCAGGUCUCAUCACUACUAGACGAGGAGCAUUUCCCCUACGAGCUAGUGCAGAACGCCACGCGAGGCGGCACCAUCUCGCUCAAGCACGGCAAGGAUCAGACCUUCCACGCCGAGGAGCUGGUGGCCAUGGUGUUUGCCCAUGCACGCCAGAUCACGGACACGUUCGCCGAGGCGGCUGUCAAGGACUGGGUGCUUACGGUGCCUGCGUUCUUCUCACAGGCACAGCGUCAGGCUAUGCUGGAUGCGGCCGAGAUUUCUGGAGUGCGUGUGCUGUCGCUUAUCAACGAGAACACUGCGGCGGCGCUGCAGCUGGCGGUGCACGCUAGCUACGACCCCGAGGACAAGCCCAAGAAGAUCUUGUUCUACAACAUGGGAUCCACCUCACUGCAGGUGAGUAUUGCCGAGUUCUCCAGCCAGGUUGUGCCGGACGGAUUCAAGAAAAACAAGACGAUUUCUACCUUCCAGACGAUCAGUAAUGCCUGGGAUGAGUCUCUGGGUGGUUCCAAGUUUGACCUGCGUUUGGCUGAGCACCUGGCGAAGGAGUUUAGUGAGAAGAUUGGCGAGGAUAUCCGCAAGGUGCCUCGUCCGAUGGCCAAGAUCCGUGCUCAAGCCAAAAAGACCAAGACGGUGCUGUCGGCCAAUGAGGAGAUCCCUGUGGUCAUGCAGAGUCUGUACAAUGACAUUGACUUCUUCACGUCCAUGACUCGCUCCAAGCUCGAGGAGCUUUCUUCGGACCUGUUUGACCGCACCUUGAAGCCUGUGGAGGUGGCUCUGGAGAAGGCUGGGCUGACUGCUGCCGACAUUGACGAGAUUGAGAUCAUUGGUGGUGGUAUCUGGGUGUGCAUCUGA